GGCCGGACGGCCGAAAACCACCGAUCCUGAACCAGCCGCCGGAGUCGGAGCUGCGACCGGGUGUGGAGUAGGCAAAAAGCCACUGGGGGAGACCAGUCCGGAACAGUCCCGUCUGGCUCCAGUUCCUGAUCCUGUGCGGAGCAACAGUCGCGGUCGCAGGCUUCGCCACCGCCUCCGCCUCCAUCGUCGUCGGGGGAGGGGCCGGCCGGACCCCGGGGUCACAGCAGAGGAAUGAGGAGAGGCGGCCGGGCCCCGCGCUCCGCCCCGGCCUAGGGCCUUGCCCCGGGAGCCGCGAGGGUAAAGGAGCCCCCAGUCCUGUCACCCUCCCCCGUCUGCUCCCGCUCCUUCAGACUCCCAAACUCUGACCCUCUGAUCUCCACUGUCCUCCUCCUAUUUUCUGAUUAUAUUUCACCUGGUGCCAUCGUUUCUCGGCACCCUCUCCUCGCCCUGACUGUUCCUCUUUUCGUCCCAACCUUUUCCCUGUUACUCCUCCUUCACCUGCGUCCCGCGUUGCCUGCCUCCCUCCGUCGUUCCUGGCCUCCGAAGUGUGCUGGGCAGUUUGGACGGUCCCCCCGCCUUGUCAGCUAGACUUUCGGGGAGGGAUGGUGGAGUUUUAAGGGUUUUGGGAGUGUAGGGUACUACCCCCCACGGGAGCAUAAAGUUCAUUGUAAAGUCUCAAUAUAAGAACGAAGUGAGAAGAUAACAAGCUUGUUCUCUCUGUCGAUAGCCAAACUGAGGUGGAGGCCUGAAUUUUGAUCGAUGACCUCCCUACAUCCGCUGCCUCAAAGUACUUAAUGAUCACAUGACCCUGGACAUGGAUGCUGUCCUGUCGGACUUUGUUCGUUCCACAGGAGCCGAGCCGGGGCUGGCCCGAGACCUCCUGGAAGGAAAGAAUUGGGAUGUGAGUGCCGCCCUCAGUGAUUUUGAACAGCUCCGUCAGGUCCAUGCUGGGAACCUGCCCCAGCCCUUUAGCGAAGGCAGCGGUGCCUCCAGGACCCCUGAAAAAGGGUUUUCUGACAGAGAGUCCACUCGCCCUCCCCGACCCCCGCUACAGCGGCAGGAUGACAUCGUUCAAGAAAAACGCCUGUCUAGGGGCAUCUCCCACGCCAGCUCCAGCAUUGUUUCCCUGGCCCGGUCCCAUGUCUCCUCCAAUGGUGGGGGUGGGGGGAGCAAUGAGCACCCCCUGGAAAUGCCCAUCUGUGCCUUCCAGCUUCCAGAUCUCACUGUGUACAAUGAAGACUUCCGCAGCUUCAUAGAGAGAGACCUCAUUGAACAGUCCAUGCUGGUUGCCUUGGAACAGGCAGGGCGUUUGAACUGGUGGGUGAGUGUGGAUCCCACUUGUCAGAGGCUGCUUCCUUUAGCAACUACUGGAGAUGGGAACUGCCUUUUGCACGCAGCCUCUCUUGGGAUGUGGGGUUUCCACGAUCGGGACUUGAUGCUGCGGAAAGCUUUGUAUGCACUGAUGGAAAAAGGAGCCGAGAAGGAAGCGUUAAAACGACGCUGGAGGUGGCAGCAAACACAGCAGAACAAAGAGUCAGGGCUGGUAUACACAGAGGAUGAAUGGCAGAAGGAAUGGAAUGAGCUGAUCAAGCUUGCCUCAAGUGAGCCCCGCAUGCAUCUAGGUACCAAUGGAGCCAACUGUGGUGGAGUGGAGAGUUCUGAGGAGCCUGUAUAUGAGAGUCUAGAAGAAUUCCACGUCUUUGUCCUUGCCCAUGUGCUUAGGAGGCCCAUAGUCGUUGUGGCGGACACCAUGCUGAGGGACUCCGGGGGAGAAGCAUUUGCUCCCAUUCCCUUUGGGGGCAUCUAUCUGCCCUUGGAGGUCCCAGCCAGCCAGUGUCACCGCUCCCCUCUGGUGCUUGCCUACGAUCAGGCCCACUUUUCUGCACUUGUGUCCAUGGAGCAGAAGGAGAAUGGCAAGGAACAAGCUGUGAUCCCACUUACAGAUUCAGAACAUAAGCUGCUGCCCCUGCACUUUGCUGUGGACCCUGGAAAGAGCUGGGAAUGGGGCAAAGAUGACAGUGACAAUGUCCGAUUGGCCAGUGUAAUUCUGUCCCUAGAGGUCAAAUUGCAUCUGUUGCACAGCUACAUGAAUGUGAAGUGGAUCCCGGUGUCCUCGGAUGCACAGGCUCCCCUGGCCCAACCUGAGUCUCCUACGGCCUCAGCUGGAGAUGAGCCCCGGUCCACUCCUGAGUCUGGGGAAUCAGACAAGGAGUCGGUUGGCAGCAGUUCUACCAGCAAUGAGGGCAGCAAGCGGAAAGAGAAGUCAAAACGAGAUCGGGAGAAGGACAAGAAGAGGGCCGAUUCAGUGGCUAACAAACUGGGCAGCUUUGGCAAAACCUUGGGCAGCAAGCUCAAGAAGAACAUGGGAGGCCUGAUGCACAGCAAAGGCUCCAAGCCUGGAGGGAUGGGGACAGGGUCUGGGGUGAGCAGUGGCACUGAGACACUGGAGAAGAAAAAGAAAAAUUCGCUGAAGAGCUGGAAGGGUGGCAAAGAGGAGGCCGCGGGGGAUGGGCCUGUGUCCGAGAAGCCCACGGUGGAGGCCGUGGGUAAUGGAGGAAGCAAGUAUAGCCAGGAGGUGAUGCAGAGCCUGAGCAUCAUGAGGAUUGCAAUGCAAGGGGAGGGGAAGUUCAUUUUUGUUGGAACCCUGAAGAUGGGUCACCGUCACCAGUAUCAGGAGGAGAUGAUCCAGCGCUACCUUUCUGAUGCUGAGGAGAGAUUCCUGGCAGAGCAGAAACAGAAGGAGGCAGAGAGGAAGAUCAUGAAUGGAGGGGUGGGGAGUGGGCCUCCUCCGGCCAAAAAACAAGAGCCAGAUGGCGGGGAGGAGCUGCUGACAGCCCCCCAGACAGAGUCCAAGGCGAUGUCGUUCUCUACUGGCUACCCUGGGGGCUAUACAAUCCCUCGGCCUUCUGGGGGUGGAGUUCACUGCCAGGAACCCCGGAGGCAGUUGGCAGGGGGUCCGUGUGGGGGGGCCCUUCCACCGUAUGCCACCUUCCCUAGACAGUGCCCUCCUGGGCGACCCUACCCCCACCAGGACAGCAGCCUUUCUCUGGAGCCAGGCAGUCACUCCAAGGAUGGAGUUCACAGGGGCGCAUUGUUACCACCCCACUUCCGCGUGGCUGAUUCCUACAGCAACGGCUACCGAGAGCCCCCUGAGCCAGAUGGAUGGGCUGGAGGGCCCAGGGGGCUUCCCCCAACCCAGACCAAAUGCAAACAACCGAACUGCAGCUUCUAUGGACACCCCGAGACAAACAACUUCUGCUCCUGCUGUUACAGGGAAGAACUGAGGAGGAGAGAACGGGAACCGGGUGGGGAGCUACUGGUGCACAGGUUCUGAGGCGGGGACCUUGGAGGGCAAGGGGGCUAAACAAAGAAAGUUCAGCUCAGCUAAUUGGCUCAUCAGGACCCAGCCCCCCAUGUUGAUGGGGCAACUGCAGUGAUACUCAUGGGAGCCUGGCUGGAAACUUCAGUGCGUGUGCUGGAGGGCUGCUGGGCCCGCAGGAGCGGGUGGGGCUGGACAGCACCUCCGGGGCUGUGCUCGUCCUUUGCAGCCCUUGACUUGAUGGGACUGAAGAGGUACAAGGGGGAAAGGUGGUGAUUCUGUCUCCCAGCCCCGUGGGUCCAUCCCAGGACCUGAGGGACCUCAGGCAGCUUUGGUGUGUGGGGGUUGGGAAGUAGCAGACGUCUGGGAAAGGAACAGGCAAAGGUGGUCCUCAGUCAAUAAAGGGAAAACACAGACCAAAGUUCUUUCAGGUUGGAAAAAAGCACAUGGUGGUGGAGUUGGGGGUGUGGAGAGAAACUGGGAAAUUAGACAAAUUUGCUAUUGACUUGAAUUAAGAUGAAAAUUAAGGUUGGAUCAAGUCUCCUGAAGGAUCUGGAAAGACAAGGCAGUCGUGUGCUUAUGGGUGCCCAUUAGGAGGGAGUUUAAGUCGGUUUAUUGAGAUGGGAAAGGGAAGAACUUAAAAGGGGAAUCCUUUUCCUCUUAAGUUUUAUUUCCUUCUAAACACCCUCUGUCAUCUGUUCUAGAUCAAGAGGAGAUUGCCGAUUGCCCCCUCUUCUCCUUGUCCUUUUCGAGGGCUGAGCUCAGCUAAGUUAAGAAGGUUGUGUGGUUUUUUUUUAAAAAGACUUUUCAUUUUAUUUUAUAAAAAGAAAGUUCCCUCUGGGGAAGGGAAGAGAGUGAUGAGAAGAGCAGCUGUGUGUGUUGAAUUUUCUCCAGGUGAAUUGGUGCGGAGAUGACCUUUUUUUAACUACUUAGCAAUAACCACAUACUGGGGGUUGAGCACGCCUUGGGACGGGUGGGAGGAGGGCAGACCUUUGGCCAGACUGUUUCAAACCAAAUCAAAAACUUAAGUAGAGCACUACCAUCCUCUGCUGCUGCAUUUCUGUAGAAAGCAACUUAUUUUUUGACUUUUUUUAAAGGAAAACAAGACCCCAGCAAGCAAAAACUUUUAAAAAUAAUUCCCCCCCCCCUAUUUAAGUGAUUCUUUGUCCUUCCUCUCUACUUUUAGAGAAUGAACUUAACACCCUGGCUUUUUUGUUAAGCCAUAGCUGACCUUAAUCUGUGGUUAGUUUAUUAAAAUAAUAAAAAAAAUACUUUGUAAGAAGAGAUAUUUUUGAUAAUAGGACUGAUGUUGAAACAUGGGGUAGGGGUUGGGGCAAUUUAUAAAAAGGUAGAGAAGUCUGUUUUAGUGAACUAUAACCACAGAUCACAGAUUGCUCCCAAUGAGCGGAUCUGCCUUUGGAUUUCCCCCCUUCCCUGACCCAACUGUUUUCCCCAGGGGGUGGGAGUGGACCUGUGGACACGGUGGGGGGAGCUCCUUUGCAUUUUGCACAAAGCACAAGUCUGGACAGCCUACGCUCUGGCCAGCAUCAUUUUUAAGAGCUUUAAACCAGAGGACCUAUCCUGGGCCAAUUUUCCUUUCUUUUUUCCCCUGGGGGAAAAAAAAUAAACUAUGCAAUUGUAUACACUCCUGGGUACAUACAAAGACGGGGAGUAAGUGUACUUAAGUGUCCAGGUGUUAACCGGGGCUAUUUUUCUGUAUUUGGAGGUAUGUACUCAUAGCCCACCCCGUGGAAUGUAAUCCUCACAUUUGAUCUAAGGCGGAUACAGGCUGUGGGGGUGUGGUGGGGGGACCCCUGUUUGCCAUAUGUUGCUUCUGCCCAAUCAGUAAAAUGGUCAUCUUGCUCCCCCCUUGGUAACAAAGCCACCAAGACACUCCUUUUUAUUGGAACUGCUCACAUUUUAGAAAGGUUCCUCCUCAACAAACUUGAAAGUCACUUAUUUUCCAAAUCUGAUAGUCUGUUGAUUUAAUCAUUUCCUAUGCCUGGGAAUUCUUAAGCUUGUAUUUGAUAAUAGACUGGUUUUAAGGAAGCAAUGAAGUCAAAGUAGUCAGGUUCCAAAGGCAGGUGUGUGUGUAUGCUGGGCAGCGCUGGGAUUAGGUGACGAGCACUCCUCUCAGGUACAAAGCUCAAGAGGGUACCGAAAAAACGCAGCAAUCAAGAUAAUGUUUUAAUGUAAUAUUUUUAAAAAUUAAUGCAAAAAACCGCAUAAUGAACAAAACAUCAAAAUCUUAAAGAUAGGAUUCAACA